AGGCCAGUCUGUAAGUAGAAGAGCUGUGCUAACCGGCCAGGCCCAGGGAGGUCAAGGCAGGGGGGCUGAGCCCCCCAGAGCCCCCACCCCACCCCGUCUAGCUGGGAGGAAGGACCCAACGAGGGCCAGGCCCUUCCAGGAGGAGGGGAGGCAGCCUGGGACUGAGCCAAGGCCUGAAGCCUUGGGCCCGGAGGCCAAGGGUGGGAGGAGGUGGCCCAGGGCGAGCUCAGGGGACGAGUACAGGUCCUUCUCAUGUCUGACAGAGCCCAGCACCCGGUGCCCGGCUGGAGUGGGGAAGAGGGCUCUGUCCUUCCCCCAGGGGUGUCUGGGGCUGCCCCCGCCCUCCGCAGCUGCCCUCCAGCCCCCAGGGCCAGCGUGUGGGGGCGGCCGGCCAGCCUACCCUGCCCCAUCCUCCCCUGCCCCCUCCCGGGGGUGACUCAGGUCCUCCUGGCCCUGUUCUGGCCCCGCUUCGGUCUUGGGGCUGUGGAGCCGCCUGCGGGCUGGCUGCCCUGCCUGCUCCAGGGUGAGAACGUCCUGGCCUUGACCCCCCAGGCUCCCACCUGGGACAGAGCAUUCUGCCCUCUGCCUGGUGCAGCUGGGCCGGCAGGGGGAGGCCCCCGGAGGGGGCAAGGGGUGGCCAGGCCCGGGAGGCUGGACCCAGCGGGCAUCCCACCUGCUCCACCUCUGGUGGGCAGGGCCUGAUUGGGCCCCGCCCCUGGAGCCCACCCCCAGCCAGUCCUGAGGAGGACGGAGCGGGGUCACACCCCCAGGGAGGGGCGCCCGCCUGUCAGGCCCAUAAAGAGGUGGGCGAGCCUGGGGUUGGCAGCAGGGCUGCGUCCCGCCAGUCCCUGCUGGGAUGGGCCCAUGGUUGGCCCUGUGGGUGCUGCUCUACCUGCCAAGAUCCCUCCAGGGCCAGAGCCCACACACCCCGGCAGCCCCCGGCUCCGUUCUGCAGAGUUUCGAGGACAGCAAGUUCCAGGGGGAGUGGUUUGUCCUCGGCCUGGCGGGCAACACCCACACGGUAGCAGACAGGUCUCUGCUGAGCCCUUUCACGGCGACAUUCACGCUAAAUAAAAACCACCGCUUGGAAGUGGCAUACGCCAUGAUUCGGGGCCAGCGCUGUGUCACCUGGUCAUACAAGCUUAUUUCGAAGUCCCAGCCUGGGAUGUUCUCGGUUGAUCACAGUGGAGAGCCCGGGGCGGACCCUGAGGAGAUCCAGGUGACCGACACGGACUACGCGUCCUUUGCCCUCCUGCUCUCCAGGAGGCAGUCGGACCUGCAGAGCAUCCUCAGGGUCAGCCUGCUGUGCAGAAUAUGGGCCAUUCAGACCCAGCUGCUGGACAAGUUCAUCUGCCUGGUCCGAGCUCAGGGCCUCUCAGAUGACAACAUUGUCUUCCCGGACCUGACAGACUGGUCAGUCCUGCCCGAGAAAUGCUGAAAGAUGAAGUCAUCUCACCCACCUCCAGACCUGGCCUCACUGCCCCGCUCUCUCCGCCUCCACUUCCAGCAUGAAAUAAACGCGCUGUGCUGGGA